AUGGGCCCAAAAUCAGAAGAAAUAUUCUCAUCCUUCAAAAUGACCAACGAAGAAACAAAGUAUAAAACAGUCAUGGACAAAUUUGAUGGGCACUUCAAUCCAAAGAAGAAUAUUAUUUAUGAAAGAGCCAAAUUUCUACGUAGAAAACAAGGACUAACAGAAACUGCAGAAGAUUUUGUGACAGAUUUAUAUUCUCUUGCUCGUACCUGUGAAUGGGGAACGCUUGAAGAUGAAAUGUUAUUAAUGGUCAUUAUUAUUGGUAUGCGUGAUCAAGAUUUGAGUGAUAAACUACAAUUAGAAAAUAAAGUUACAUUGGAAUCUGCAAUAACUUCACUUCGCAAAUCAGAAGAAUUGAAACGACAAAAAGAAGAAUUGACCCUCCCAUCAAUCGAAGCUGUAAAUAAAAAUCAACGUGCUAGAUAUGAUAAUGCAAUACAUUCAUCCAAAAGAGAAAAUAGGGAUCAAGGGAGAUUAACGUAUUCAAGCUCAAAUGUCAAGAGCUAUCCCAACUCUUGUAUUUGGUGUGGUUCAACCCCUUCUCAUCGAAGAGGUCUGUGUCCAGCAAAAGAUCGCAAAUGUUCUAGGUGCAAGCGAAAUGGCCACUUUUCACACUGUUGUCUUCAAAACAAUGUUCGAGAAAUAGACUUGGAUCGUUCAGAUGACUUUACCCAAAUCGCUAAUGAACCAGACCCAUCGAAAAAAUUCAUUGGGUGUGUGUAUUCUAGUAAAACAAAAAAUGAUCCCUGGACAAUAAAUGUAAGACUUAAUGAAGACACUGUCAAGUUCAAAAUCGACACAGGAGCUGACGUGACAGUAAUACCAUCCAACAUAAAGCUAAGCAAAAAAAUUGCAGUCCAGCCUACCCAGAGAACUUUAAGUGCGGCUGGAGGAUCGCCUCUUUCUGUUCUUGGCACAAUCACUGCAAAACUCUCUUACAAAGGACAAUCGUGUAUGGAAAAAAUGUAUGUGGCUGACAAAUGCACAACACCACUACUUGGCAAACCAGCAAUAGAAAAACUAAAAAUAAUACCGGUUAUUCGUGAGGUAUCGAAAACUAAUUUCAACAAAUCUGCUAAUGAUUGGAUCAAAAACUUUCCUGACCUUUUCAGUGGUCUAGGAAAAAUGAAGGGGAGCUACGAAAUUGAACUUAAAAAUGAUGCAAAACCUUAUGCGAUAUCAGUUCCUCGACGGAUUCCAGUACCUCUUUGGGAAAAAACAAAGAAGGAGAUUGAAAAUAUGGUGAAUAUGGACGUUAUAACACCCGUUGAUCACGCUACUUCUUGGUGCGCACCUAUGGUCGUGGUGCCUAAGAAAGAUAGAACUCAGGUUCGAAUAUGUGUGGACCUUACUAUGCUUAAUAAGAAUGUGUUUCGACAAACUCAUCCUAUUUGGGGCAUUGAUUAUACGAUGGCUCGAAUAAAAGAUGCCAAAGUCUUUUCCAAACUGGAUGCCAACCAUGGGUUUUGGCAAAUAGCUCUUGCAGAAGAAUCUCAAGAUCUCACCACGUUUUUAACUCCUUGGGGCCGAUACAAAUUCAAAGUUCUUCCAUUUGGUAUCACAAGUGCUCCCGAGUAUUUCCAGAAACGAAUUCAAGAAACCUUAGGAUCUCAACGAAACUGUUUAGCUCACAUCGAUGACAUACUUGUAUGGGGUUCCAGUCAAGAGGAACAUGACUUGAUCUUAAAUGAAGUUUUAAAGAAACUCAGAAAUGCUGGAAUUACAUUGAAUAAAGACAAAUGUGUAUUUUCUCAGCCAGAAGUACAAUUCUUAGGACAUCACCUUUCAUCCCGAGGGGUUCAAAUCAGCCAUGAAAGAGUCAAAGCCAUUCUUGAGAUGAAACCUCCAUCUGAUCUAAAAGAAGUACAACGCUUCUUAGGAAUGAUUAAUUUUUGUGGUAAAUACAUACCAAAUCGAUCAGAAAUACUAAAACCAAUCCAUGAUCUACUUAAAGAGAAAAAUGAAUGGUUUUGGGGAGAACAACAACAGCAUGCGUUUGAAAGUAUAAAAAAACUUCUGACCUCAGCACCCCAACUAGCAUUUUACGACCCUCGCUUACCAACUCUUGUGUCAGCAGACGCUUCUUCUUAUGGUCUCGGCGGAUUGCUUCUUCAGAAACAUCAUGAUGGUAAAUUCAGACCUGUUUCUUACAUUUCAAGGUCACUUACAGAAGCUGAAAAAUCAUAUUCAAAUAUUGAACGUGAAGCCCUGGCAAUCACAUGGGCUUGUGACAAGCUCAGAGACUAUAUAAUUGGUCGAGAGAUUGUAAUUGAAACGGAUCACAAGCCACUUGUAAAAAUCUUAUCAUCUAAGAAUUUGGAUGACAUUACACCUCGCUUACAGCGAAUGAGGCUUCGCAUGAUGAGAUACUCAUAUUCAGUGACAUAUACGCCUGGAAAACACCUUGCACCAGCAGACUGUCUUUCAAGAUGCCCCAUUCCAAGCAAGGAAACAUAUGACAUGGAAGAAGAAAUUGAAGCUUUUGUUCAAAAUGUGGUUGAAAACAUACCUACGACUGAUGAAAACAUAAACAGGUUACGGGAAGCUCAGCAAGCAGAUCCCAUCUUCAGAAAGAUUGCAGUAUACUGUCAUACUGGAUGGCCAGAAAAAUCACAACUUCCAUCUCAACUAGUCCCCUACUUCUCGGUUAAAGAUGAGAUAUCACUGAUGGACAACUUACUUUUACGCAAUUCUAGAAUAAUAGUACCAUCAAGUCUUUGUCAAGAAAUGCUUCAUAGAAUACACGUCGGUCAUCUAGGAGCCACCAAAUGUCGAGAAAAGGCUAGAUUCAGUUUAUGGUGGCCAGGAAUGGCAUCGGAUAUAAAUAUGAUGGUAGCUUCAUGCCCAACAUGCAUUAAACACAGAGAAAAUCGAAAUGAGCCGCUCAUUCCUUCCGAGUUUCCAAAACGUCCAUGGGAAAAGGCAGCAAUGGAUUUGUUCAAGCUUAAUGGCAAAUGGUUCAUUGUUAUAACAGAUCAGUUCUCGAGAUAUUUUGAGAUUGCAACUCUACAAUCGCUCACUGCAUCUGAAGUUAUUGAGAAAUGCAAGUCAACGUUUUCUCGCCACGGUAUUCCUGAAGUUUUAUACUCAGAUAGUGGAACGCAGUUUGGCAUCACUAGUGCAGAAUUCAGAAAAUUUGCCAAAGAGUACAACUUUUUAUGCAAAACAAGCAGUCCUCAGUUUCAUCAGAGCAAUGGCUCAGCCGAAGCAGCUGUAAAAAUUGCAAAAGCUGUUCUAAAGAAGAACAAAGGAGAUCCAUAUUUAGCUUUGUUGUCUUACAGGAACUCUCCACUGGCCAACGGUUACAGUCCAGCACAGUUAUUAUACGGACGCAGACUACGGGACAAUUUGCCUACCUUACCAUGUCAUCUGGAGAACAAGCCAGACUUCAGUCAUCUCCGAGAGAAGGAGAAUCAUUAUAGACAAAAUUACAAACGAAAUUACGAUCGACGACAUGGUGCUCGACCCUUAUCAGAUAUGAACCCAGGAACCAAAGUUUGGAUAUCUGAUUUGAAACGUGAAGGAAAAGUCGUAGAAAAGUUAAACUCACCACGAUCUUAUAAAGUACUGACGGACAAAGGAACCAUAGUUCGAAGAAACCGGUUUCACUUACAACCAAUGCCAAACAUUCAAAAGGAAAGUUACCACAACCAUCAAGCAUCAACAAAUAGUCAGAAGGAUCAUUGCCACAACCAUCAACCAUCAACAAGUAGUCAGAAGGAUCAUCGAUCUGAGGAAGACAACGGUAUGUGCUUAACAAACUUUUCAACAGAUAACCGUAACAGUCAACCAUUAACAAGAGGUCCGAUGGAUCAUCAUGAAGACAUGCCAAACUUUUCAACGGUUCCUCCAAACACCUCUGGAAUGUCUUCUGCUAACAUAACAACCCGAUCAAGACGACUUAUAAAACCUCCCCAGAAACUCAACCUUUAA